GUUCACUGAGUCUCCAUUGGGGUAACAUAUUUAAUACACACGCUCGCAUUACAUGACAGCAAACAAGCAAACUAACUAAGAAACAACAAAUAAACAAAUGUCUAUACAUAAUACAAAUCUGGCAAAUUUAAAGUACUCCGCUCUGACCACGAGAUCACAAGAAUGUCGAUCGAUUCAGUGCGCUUUGUGGAAAUCGCCAAACCGUACCCGAAGACAAUAAUCGCCAAUGUCACAUUUAAGAUUUUACGCUUCAUUUAUCCACCUUUCGGUCACGAGGCGCUUGAGGUAACAUAUGAGGUAACUUUACCAGAUCCGGACGAAUGGAGCUUGAGGGCGUGCUAUAUAUGCCUCUCACUCUUGUUACUGAUCCUUUCGACUUGUUUUGUCUACAAAUAUUUCUGGAGAACGAAAAGCAUUGAAGAACCGGAUGUACAGGAGCGCAAGGAAACGGCAGAACCUCCACCUUUUGAGCAAGCAGAUAUUGUGAAUGAGCAUAAAGCCAACUGUACGAAUAUCGAAGAUUGGAUGAGCGAUUCCUCAAUGUCCGAUUCCCUAGAGGGUGAUUGCCAGCAGGAGGUAAAAAUGGAGAUGACGGAAAUUAGUUGCAAAGAAAAUGGUUAUACCGGAGAGAUCAGGCAACUGCAGCACAAUGGAGAUGUAGAUGAUAAAGCCGAUCGAAUAAAAUUUGAGAUAGUUGUGGGGAAGCCGCCGAAAUAUCCUAGGCGCUUAUCAACACCGUAAAUAAAUGUUUUUUUU